AAAAAGAAAAAAAAAAAAAACCAGAAGCAACCAAAAAGCAAAAGAAGAGCCUAGCACAGUUACAAUUGCCUCUUCGCAAGAAAGAAAAGUAAAGUUCUUUGCACCUCCUCAAAUCAAACUCCUCCUUCUUCUUCCUCCUCAAAAUUUUCAAUCUUAACACUUCAAAUUCAAUGGGUCGCUCUCUCAUCUUCGCCACUGUUCUCACACUUCUCACCUUCUCUUUCCUCUCAGUCACAGAAGUAAACUCUGCUUCGUUCAAGAUAGUCAACAAGUGCCGGCGCACGAUAUGGCCAGGCUUGCUAUCUGGCGCCAACACAGCUCAGCUUCCCACCACAGGCUUCACUCUCAAACCGGGCAAGUCCAGGACCCUAUCCAUACCCAGAUCUUGGUCGGGUCGGCUCUGGGCUCGGACCCUUUGCGGCCCGGACUCGUCCACCGGCAAAUUCACCUGCCUAACCGGCGACUGUGGCUCCGGUGCGCUACAAUGCGCCGGGGGCAACGCUAAACCCCCUGCCACGCUGGCAGAGUUCACACUUAACGGCGAUGGGGGUUUAGACUUUUACGACGUUAGUUUAGUUGAUGGGUACAACCUCCCAAUGCUCGUGGUCCCGCAGAAAGGUACAAGCGGGGGAUGCGGGGCCACGGGGUGCUUGGUCGACUUAAACGGCGCGUGCCCGAAGGAGUUAAAGGUCGUGGCGCGUGGGACUGGGAGCGUGGCUUGUAGGAGCGCGUGCGAGGCGUUCGGCGAUCCGAGGUUUUGCUGUAGCGAGGCGUACGCUACGCCUGACACGUGCAGUCCGUCUAUGUACUCGUUGUUUUUUAAACACGCUUGCCCACGCGCGUAUAGCUACGCGUAUGAUGACAAGACUAGUACUUUCACGUGUCCUAAUGCUGACUACUUGAUCAUCUUUUGCCCCGAGCCUUAUACCAGAAUGAUUGAUGGCUUUGGCACUAAAGAAAGCCUACAAUUGCUGGGAGCUCGAAAAGAUGGGGGGCUGCUACCACUUGUGAACAAGACCACAAUGUACAUAUCAAGCCAUCAUCCAAAUAGUGCUUCAUUCGCAGUACCACGAAGUUUAGCUGAAGAAUGGUUGUCAACUUCCUUCUUGUCUGAGCUCUCUGCUUCUCUUUCACUCCUUAGAUUUGUUGUUGGGCUAAAAGUUCAGGUGCCUAAAAUGCAAUAUGGCUACAUGUGGCAGGGCUUCGCAACUGCCACAAGAAUUCGUGUAUAUACCUUCCUCUGCUUCCUUCCUUUCUUUCAAUUAACAUCGUACAUAGUUUUCAAUGUGCUCUAUACAUAGCAAUAAUGUUUCCUUAAUUUUAUACAUAAAAACUAUAAGAAAUCAGAAAUUCCAAAUUGAACUGUGGUGACUGGUCUUUUCCUUGCAUAAAUUGAAUGGUACUAACUACAAACUACUCAGCACAA